AUGCAAGCAAGAAUAUUGAGCUUAAUUAAGUAAUUAAUCUAAUUACAAUUAAUCAUUGAUAUGAAAAAUAAACAAUUUAUAAGAGUACAAUAGUAUUUUUUUCAAAAAGAAUAUAAUAAAUACAAAAUAAUUUUCAAUUAUAGUUUUAUUAUCAUUGCUUAGGCUAUCUUUUUCUUAUAACCUGAAUUUUUGGUAUUUCUUUUUUUCCUUAAGCCUCAUUUUUUUACUCAUUUGAUUUAUUUUUCAUCAUUUAUUCAUUUGAUUUUUCUUUUAUUUUUUAACUUAAUAAAAAAUUUUCAACCUUUAAGUGCUUUAGAAUAAAGUCAGCAUUUUCAGUAAUUGUUGCAAACUGUUUUUAAAUAAUUUAAGAAAUCUAGAUUGAAGGACGAUUAUUUUCCUACUAAAGUAUGUUUAUUACUUUUAAGCUUUCUAAACACGUUGUGA